UCUCAGAAGUCAGAAAGAACCUUUGAACCUGACCAAGCAUAUCUCUUAUUCUCUCUCUCUCUCAAAGCGACGGCGUUUUGUUGCAAUCUCUGCCAUGGGACAGGUCUUGGACAAACUUCAAGGUAAAGAUUGGAGGCAAAGGAAAAUAAGGAAGAUAACUGAUAAGGUUUUUGAUCGUGUUCAAGAUCAGACAGGAAGGGCUACUUUGACAUUUGAAGAGCUAUACAUUACGGUUCUUCUUACCUACAAUGAUCUCAACAAGCGUUUACCCGGCCCGCAUUUCGAUCCACCAUCCAAAGAAGAAGUCAGAGCCAUGAUUCAGGAGUGUGACAUCAACCUGGACGGAGAAAUUGACCGCGAAGAAUUUGUGAAGUUCAUUCAACGGCUAACAGCAGGUGCAUUCGUCACAGUUAGCCAGGGACUAAUCGUCACUUUGGUUGUUGCACCAGCAUGUGCAAUGGCCACAAAGAAGGCCACAGAAGGCGUCCCUGGAGUUGGAAAGGUCGUGCAGAAGAUACCUAAUUCGAUUUACGCCUCUGUUGUGACUCUUGCAGUUGUGUUGCUCCAGCAAUCACUGCUGGAGUCAAAAGACUAAAAGUAUGUAUAUUACCAUAUUAUCUGUAGCUGCUUCAAGUCAGACGAAACUAAAUUGUUUGUUGAUUAUGUAAUGAACAAAUAUGUGGACAUGGUUUAUGAACUUUAUGGUAUGUUGUUAUUGAUUAAUAAAGCUGCUUGGCAAUUGUUGUGUAA